AUGUGCUGGCUGAAGACCUGGUACUUCAUUCCUUUCGUGAUGGGUUGUAUCAUGGAGACGUGUGGUUAUUAUGGCCGAUUUUGGCUCUCGCAAUCACCUUACGACUUCAGAGCUUACGUCCUCUACGACUUGCUUGUCUUGCCAGCACCGAUUUUCCUCGCAGCGACGAUGUAUAUGUCCAUAAGCAGGAUCGUGACAACUCUCGACGCUGCCGAGCUCUCGCCCAUCAGGCCUCGAUGGCUGAGCAAGAUCUUCGUCCUUGGAGACGUGGUCUGCUUCUUAGUGCAACUUUCUGGCACAGGCAUGACGAUCACGAUCGACAGCAAAAUACAGGAUAUUGGUCAAAAAGUGGUCGUGGUCGGGCUGGUUUUCCAAAUCGUGGUGUUUGUGGCUUUCAUCUGGAUCGUUUGCCUGUUUUUCCAGAGAUGCAGACAGCAGGCUGGAGCAGAUGGCUUGAAAUGGAAGCGCUUCAUUCUUGCACUAUUGGCGGGGAGCGUUUGCAUAGUGUUGCGUAAUCUGGUCGUUGGUAUCAAGCAUGCACAAGGAGGGGCUGGGUUUGUGGCGAGCCACGAGGUGUUUGCCUAUUUGUUCGAGGCAGUGCCCAUCUUCGUUGCGGUGUGCUUGUUGUUGGUCUACCAGCCGGGCAGACUCCAAAGGUCGAUGAAGGGAUUGAAAAUCAUCUCUCCGGAUGGCGAAGAGAUGCAAUUUGCGGAGAGAUCUGGCUUGGUUUCAGGGUCGGAUGAGAACCUCACUGGCGGAGCUGACUUUCAGCGGCGAUAG